AAAUAGAUCAUCUCAUCAGAGCUCASGUAGAAGAUAAACGUUUAAAUAUAUUACGCCAAAAGAUAUCAUGGUGAAUGUAAUACACUACUAUACUCAACAACAACUCUCUUGUUGAAAGCAAAAACUCAAAMGUUUCCAAAUCUACAAGUUUCAAUAAUCGUUUCACUUUCAAAACAAGAUCMUGAACUUCUCCACGACCAUGACAACAAACAUGGCAGACGUGCUGUCCGGAGCAAACGUGAAGGAACUUAUGGGAGCAAUAUUUCCGAAUAGCACUUUUAUUCCUAUGACAACUUUAUGUUGCGACCCAUACAAAAGCAAGGUGGACGUGGUUGCAUCUCUGUACAUUUUCACAUCAUUAUUAAGUAUACUCGGUACUGGAUCCAUCAUAAGUUGCUCAUUAUGGAAUAAAAUUGCUAACAGUUCAGAGGUUCAUCCACUUUUCCACUUGGCACUUGCAAACUUUUUGCUUGCUUUGACAUGGUUUGUUGGAGGUAUUGCUUGGGUGUCGAAGUCAAAAAUGAAUUGCUUUUACGUUGAAGUUUUUGGUGAGAUGUUUUUAAUCAUGUCUUUCUUUUUGACUGUUAAUUAUGGAAUUAAUGUUUACAUUCGAUUAAGAGGAAAAACACAUAAUUUGGAACAUCUUAACUUCUCCACUGUUUCAACAAGUAAUCUCUACAAAUGGUUGUUUAGAGGUCUCUAUAUUGCAAGCUGGGUUAUUCCUGUUAUUACUGUUGCUCCAUUAAUAUACAAGUACAAGCAACAACGUGAAGAAAUGAAAGAGGAACCAUCCUGCUCAAGGUGUCUCCUUUUGUUCGACCGACCAAACUUAAGAAACCAAGAGGGUGGUGUAGCAUGGGCUAUGUAUGAUUCAAUUCUAAUGAUUAUCUGUCUUGUUCCCUCCAUUCUUCUACUUAUCGUCCUCUAUAUUAUGACUGAGAGAAUACACAGAAAGUGUCUACGACGUCGGGGAAUACACACAGACAGUCAGCGUAAAAGUAUGAGCAACAUGAGAAAAAGAAUCAUUCUCUACAUAAUGGUAUUCAUCUUUUGUUGGACACCUGCACUGAUUGUUGCUAUCAUGGAAGUUGCAAGAAAACUGAAGACAAAGGAUAGUGAUUGGGAACUGUCUUGUCGGACAUAUAUCAUGCAGAGUGUAUCUGCCCCAUUGCAAGGCUUUCUAAAUAGCAUUGUCUAUGGUUGGACGAGGAAGUCGUUUCGUAGAGCAACUCGAAGUAGAAAUGAUGCAGCACAGCGUGAUUAUGGUUCAAUGCUACCUAUAACAUGAGCCUUUUCAUAUUUUCAUGUUGAUAAUUAAACGUAUUUAUAUUAGGUAGUAAAAAUAAAGCUUAUAGUACCUGAUUCGUUUGACAAUGUCGACAACAAACUGAUUGAAGCAGAUUGAAUCAGACGAUCUCAAAAGACAAGUCCAAUGCAAUGCAGUGUAAACCAGUGUAGCCAAUCUUAUUGAAAAAGCGAUUGGUAGAAAGACUACACCAAAAGUGCAUUUAAAUAAGUGUGAGAUUGUAUAGCUUAUUGACAAUAAAGAUCAACGGAACGA